AAAUUUUGUUUACCUUUCGGAUACAAAAGGGAAGAAUAUGGCUGCCACGGAAGAGGACAUGAUAUCAUCCUCCACUGUGGAAGUUGAAGAGUGCCUACCACCCUCCCCAGGAGUUGUGGCCAGCGUGUCUGCACCCACCAUACCUGAAACCCCACAGAUGGAGGAGCCACCCUGUCAGCUGGAGGAAGCCAUUCAGCCAGAGCCAGUUAGUGAGAAUGAACCAGCCAGUCAGUUUGAGCCAGCCAGUCAGACUGAGCCAACUAGUCAGACUGAGCCAUCCAGUCAGUCUGAGCCAGCCAGUCAGAAUGAGCCAUCCAGUCAGUCUGAGCCAGCCAGUCAGACUGAGCCAUCCAGUCAGCCAGAGCCAUCCAGUCAGCCAGAGCCAGCCAGUCAGCCUGAUCCAGCCAGUCAGCCAGAACCAGAGGAAGAAUUUUCUUGGGAGGAAUACCUGGAAGAGACCAAUACUGAAGCUGUUCCUCCAUCUACUUUUCAGCAUGUUGAAAGAAGCCUGGAGUCUGGGAUCUUUGUGGACCAGCUAGUAGAAGUGGUGGAUCCCAGCUGUGCAUCUCCUGGCUACUGGCUGGCUCGUGUUGUCACCACCUGUGGACCACUGCUCAGACUGCGUUACCUCACACAAAGCAGCAUCAACGUAGAAUGCUGGCGUGAGAUUGCACAGGGAGGACUACACCCAGUGGGAUGGUGCAGCAGCCACUCCAUCCCCUUGACAGUGCCCUCAGACCUCAGUGCUCAGCUGGAGGAAGAGGAUGUCAAGCAGGAGGCCAUAAAGGCAGUGGAAGAAGCCCAGAAAGUUGGAGUGUCUGUUCCAGAGGAGGCUCUUGAUAUAGAUGGUUACACUGCUAUUGAUCGCAUCAAGUGUGGAAUGAAGGUAGAGGUGCUGUGGGAAGGUGAUGCCCUAUGUGGAUGGGUUGCCACUGUCACAGAAAAUGUGGGUGGACGUCUCCUGCUACGUUAUGACACUCCAGACUGUUCGGGGCCAACCUCCUGGCUUUUCUAUCAACACACACGGCUCCGCCCCCCAGACUGGCUCCACCUCCAGGACCACCCACACAGGUACAACCACCCUACUUCAAGUUUGCCCUAUGAGGAUGCUGAGUGGGCUGCCCUUCUAGAGCUAAGUCGGGAUGGAGCUAGACACUCCUCUGUCCCUUGCUCUCUCCUCAUGCACACCAGCCUUCCGGAGCCUCAUAAUAUGGCUGAGGGAAUGUUCCUAGAAGCUGUCCACCCUUUCAAACCAUUCUCAAUUCAUACCUGUAAGGUAGUGGAAAUCAUUGAUCCCCGGUAUUUCAAAGUCUCCUUGGAAUCAAAGAUGGAAGAGGUCUUAUGGACCACUCAUAUAGGUGACCCACUGUUACUGCCUUGUGGAUACUGUAAGGAGUUUGGUCUUAAUUUAGAACUUCCAAGAGAUUGGCAGGAGGAAAACAGCUUUGAGUGGAAUGCAUAUCUUGGAGAAUCACCUGCAAUACUACUUACAACUCAAGAAAUGUUUCCGAAGCGUGACUCUGCAGAGGACUUGGGCUUCUGUGCUGGCAAUAGACUGGAGGUAGUAAAUCCAUCAGACCCGAGCCAGAUUUGUGUUGCCACAGUGAAGCAGAUGGGUGGACAUUUGGUGGUGGUGCAGCUUGACUCUGAGAGGGACCCCACAUUGGUGAUUCAUGCAGCAGACAGCCAGGAUCUUUUCCCAACAGGAUGGUGUCAGGCCAACAACUACCCUCUCCAGCUCCCAGCAGAGUACACUCCACGGCCUGUGCAGCUCCAUCCGUCACAGUCGGAGCAAAGCCAGGGCAGUGAUAGUAAUGAUACUGCUGCAGGAGGAGGGGCAGCCAAGUCCCUGUGGUGUCCCCGCCUCUAUGUCAACCACUGGUGCUACACAGGACCUUACCUUAGCAAGUCCAAAGUUGCCAAGCAGUCCCAAAGUGUGGGUCCAGGAUCCGUGGAGUUAGUGCUUCGUGAGGUGCUUUCCAUGACCAUCAACGCUGCAUACAUCCCCACCCGAGUUCUAAGGGAACUGGAACGCAAUGGACCAGACCCAACCACUGUGUGCCCCACCUGGCGGUCCACUCCCUUCAAGGCCAAGUUCAAGAGAUAUGCCUACACUGCCAACAUUCCCAUUGCCACAAGAGCAAGUGAUGUUAGUGACUUCCUUUACUCUAUAUGUCAGACUUUACAGUGCUGCCCAAACCUGUGGUCAUCUGUGCCUUCAGGGGAAAACUGCCCUCUGCUCUGUACUUCUCAGAUGACUUUACAAGGUGGGCAGUCCUCCGGCAUGAGGGGUCGUGGUAAAGUCUCCGUCAACAGGAGUGUCAGGGGCUGCCCAGGUGCCUCACGAAUCCUCCACCGCCGCAAGCGAGGUGGUCGUAAGCGACUCUUUGUUCCUGUAAGAGCUAACCGCCUUCUUCCAUCAAAGAAUCUCACACCUGCAUCAGAUGAGGUUCUGGAGGAGGCUGAGGAGGAAGAGGAGGCAGAGAUAGAAGAGGUAGAGGAAUAUGAUGUUGGUAGUGGCUCUGAUGGCGACACAAGUUCUCGGAGUUCCCGGCCAACCAGUCCCCUCCUAGAGCAGGGACAGGUAGCACGGCGGCAGCGCAAAGUGUUCCCUCGGGUAGACAUGCAGGCCAAGGGGAUGAAAUUUCCUGAAUAUAAUACUCAGAUGAAGGCUCGCCAAAAGAGGAAGUUUGAGGGACAGGAUGGAGCCUCUGGUUGUAGGGAAGAAGGCACAGAACGCAGGGAACCAAUGAAGAGAGGUCGAAAGAGUGAGUUCCCAGAUACCAGCUCAGGAUUAGAGCCAGCCAUUGUAAGGUCAGACCCUCUGGAGUGGACAGUGCAUGAUGUGGAGCAAUAUGUUGCUGGCCAGCCUGCCAUCUGCCACCAUGCAGUUAAACUCCGUCAACAAGAGGUUGAUGGACGUGCCUUCCUCCUCCUGAACCUUCCCACUCUUGUCCAGCACCUUGGUCUUCCUCAUAGCUCAGCUGUUGCCCUUGCUCAGCACAUCUGUCGGGUUAAGCUGGCUCAUUUCCUUUUUUACAAACCAGAACCAUGAUCUUCAGUGUCUCAUGAGGCCACUACUGUGCCUCUCAGUGGUCCAUGAGAGAAAGAAAUAAAGAGUGCAAUAAAC